AUGACUGUUUACUCUACUCUUCUCCUGGCCGCGGCUGGGCUCGCCGCCGCCGAUAAGCUGGCGGCCAUGAACCUCGGUGAGGCCAGCGGUCGAGGCGUCACCGUCGCCGCUCCGGGUUCGUCAGCCUUCGGCGUCCACUCCCCCUUCGGCGUCCACUCCCUUUCCGAUGGCUGUGGCAUUGGAAUGACUACUUGUGAUGCCAACUGCAUGCCUCUUACCGGCAUCUGCUGCGGCAUCGGAAAUGGGGCCUACUGCGAUAUCGGCUACGUUUGUGAAUCGGACGGUUGUUGUCCUGUUGGCAAGGUCUGUACUGGACCUCCUACAGGCUGCGAGGGUGAUCGUGAUCUUUGCGGAGAGUUUUGUGUGCCCAAGGGUACUUGCUCAAGCGGCGGAGGAGGAGGUGGUGGUGGUGGCAGCGGAGGUGGUGACGGCGGCUGCCCUACCGGAUACGAAGCGUGCGACGACGAAUGUAUGCCAACUGGUUCAGUCUGCUGCCACAAUGGCUACCAUUGUGAUGCUGGACAGACGUGUACGGCCGACUUCAAAUGCCGAAUCGGUGGAGGAGGUGGUGGCGGCAGCGGAGGAGGCAGCGGCGGCGAUGGCGGUGACGACCAGACCACUUCCAGAGGAGGAUCCAGCGGGUCUCAAACCACCUACAGUCUCUCACCCAACCCUGAGCCUACUGCUACAUCUUCUACCGAGUCGAACCCCUUUGGCGGCGAUGAUGCUACCACUACCACUGAAGACAGCUUCCCUGAGCCUACUCAGCCUCCUGCCACCACCUCUAGCAGCAGCAGCAGCAGCAGCAGUGGCGGCAACGGUGGUAGUAACGGUGGCAAUGGCGGCUCCAACGGAGGCAACAAUGGUGGAAACAAUGGCGGCAGUGGAGGCAGCAAUGGAGGCAGCAGCGGCGGCUCCAGCGGCGGUAGCAGUGGUGGCAGCAAUGGAGGCAAUGGAGGCAGCAGUGGCUCAAUCAAUGCUCCCAGCAUCCUCGUUGGCCUCCUUGCUCUUGUCCCCUUUAUUCUAUAA